AUGAUGAUAAAGUCCGUUCUGUUGUUUGCCUUCCCCGCCAUCACCUCCGCCUUCCUGUUCCCCAGUGCCGGAGGAGGCGGCUGUGGAUGCGCUCCCCCUCCCCCACCACCGUGCCCUCCUCAGAUCUCCUUGCCACCUCCACCUCAAAUCUCCCUGCCACCCCCACCUCAGAUCUCCCUGCCACCCCCACCCCCUCCACCUAGCUUCUGCCCUCCCCCACUCCCACCUCCACCACAAUUCUCCCUGCCACCUCCACCACAGUUCUCGUUGCCACAACUCCCAGCUGCCGGAGGCUGUGGAUGUGGCGGAAGAAAGAAGAGAUCUGCCGAAGAGGCCCCACUCAAGUGUUCGGAGAUCGUCGAUGUCAUCGAGAAGGUAAGACCUUUCAUCCGGGACAGUAUUUCCAUGUAUUUCCAUUUCCUGACUUAUACCUGAUAAUUUCAGGAACUCGCUGAAGAAGACACCGUCAAGGUCGCCUCCAGCAUUGAGAAGAUCCUGAAGGAGGAGUACAAGACCGAGAACGUCGCGGUAUCCUGUGCCCCCACCAAGGGAUUCACCCUAAUCCCUCUGGAAGGAAAGAAGGCUUGUGCCGCUGGCAACGACAAGAGCACCUGCGUGGUUUUCCAUUAG